AUGUCGAACCAUGUCUUGCCUGAGCAAGUUUGCUACGUCAAUUGCAGCUUCUGCAACACCGUUCUUGUGGUCAACAUUCCCGGCAACAAUUCGUUCAGCAUUGUCACAGUAAGAUGUGGACUUUGUGCUAAUAUUCUGUACGUAAAUCUCGAAGGUUUGCAUGGAGUUCUCCCACUUCAGAAUUUUCAGAAUAAAGUGCAGAAUCAUAACCUUGGGUCUCAACACCUUCACAUGGAUUUUGGAUCUUCUUCAAGUUGCACCAGGCUAUCAGUCAUGAACCCAGUGGAUUAUGUUCAACAGCAAAUGCAACUGAUCCAUCCAACGGAGAAGCGGCGCGCUCCUUCGGCCUAUAACAGAUUUAUCAAGGAGGAGAUUCGACGGCUGAAGACAAAGAAUCCCAACAUUAGCCACAAGGAAGCUUUCAGCAGAGCAGCAAAAAAUUGGGCACACUUCCCUGAAAUCCAUAUGGGGCUAACGAUCAAGGGGAACAAGCAAGUCUGA